AUGGCGAAUUUCAACCCGGGUACUCCUUUGUUCAGUCAGGCCAACUUCGAUUUCAACCCCCCGUCCGGAUCUCCUGCAUACCCGGUCUCUGCUCAGCCCGCCGAAGUUGAGGUCCAGGCUCCCACUGCCUCAAAGAAGAGUCCUGUCAAGAAGGGCCCCGCGAAGAGGGCUCCGGUCGAGAGAAGUCCGGGCGAGAACGGGAAGCGGACAGCUUCUGCUCCCAAGGCCGAAAGCCAGGGAGGCAAGAAGCGCAAGACGGCCGAGUACCAGAAUCCGACCACCUUUGUCGGUGGAAGAUCAAUUCCUUGGAGGAACCAUGGAGCUCAACGACAUCUGGCGUUCAAACCCCGGUCUGGUCUCUCAACUCUCUCAAGAAGACCCAGAGACUGUCCUCGCCCUGACUCGUUCGCGCGACCGCGCGCGUAUAUAUGGCCAACGACGGGCAGUACGACCCCGCACAGAGACAUACGCUCGCUGUUCAAGGCUGUAGUAUACUUUCGGCAGGCUGAGAAUCUGGGCCAGGCGCUCGAGACAAGCCUCGUCCCUAUAGCCGAAGGACAUCGGCACUCGCAGACCGGAGGAGACUCACCGCCAACCUGCACCGCCAACCUGAAUCAAACAAUCAACCCCAACACUCGGGACGAUGAUGACGGUGAUGAUGGCAAUGUUGAACCUGGUUAUCCUGUCGAGCAUGGCUACCUUCGUGAUGAUGCCGUGUCGCUGCUCCGACGCUUCUAUGUCCAGGAGAAUGGUCGAGCUCCCCAGCCUCGCAAGAAAGAAGGACGAGCUGUUCGCCUGUAUGCGCAGGAGAAAAGAUCGACAGCGUUGAGCUAUCAGAUGAAGUGA